AUGAAAUGGACUCAUUUAGAGUACACAGUGGUUUUUAGUAUAUUCACAGACUGGCAUCACAUCAAUUUUAGAAAAUUUUCAUCAUCCCCAAAAGAAGCUCCAUACUCAUUAGAUUCACUUCCCAUUUGCCCAGAACCAAAUUCCCAGCCCCAGGCAACCACUAAUCUACUCUCUGUCUGUAUGGAUUUGCCUGGGCUCGGGGGCUGGUGUCUGUAUCAUUAUGGGGGAGUCUGUGAGAAGCCAAUGGAAUUAAUAUGUUGUGACUAUUUCUUAAUUGAAGCACCAGAUGAGUUCUAUGCUCCCUCAGUGUGCCUGUACAUAGGCAGCAAAAGAAAACCCUGCAAGACCUUUGUGUGGGAACCACAUCCGCUCCUAAAUCACGCUGCCUACCUAGCUAGCUCAUGUUUUGCUUUAAAAAAUUCAGGCUUCACAUAA